CAUCUUGGAAUAUUUUUCGGCAGACAGUUUUCUAUUUGUGGUGCAAUUCGAUAAAUUAACCUAUUAAACUAUCUCCAGGUAAUUUGUUAAUAAUUAUUAUCAUAACUGAACAAUGCUUAUUUUUAUUAAUUUUCUUAUCAAUCCUUAAAAAGUAUUUUUAAACUCUUAUUCUAAUUUAUAUCCUCCAAAAUUUAAAACGAUAAUGUAUAAUUCGCAAAACGUGCUAUAUUACUAUUCAUAAUUUUCAGAUUAGCAUUAUUGCUCGAUUUAGACAACUGAAGACAUAAUGUCCUUUACCUGUAUUACCUGUCGUGUGGCUUUCCCCGAGCCAGAUCUACAGAGGGCACAUUAUAAAACUGAUUGGCAUAGAUACAAUUUAAAGAGAAAGGUGGCUGAGAUGCCCCCUGUAACAGCUACUGCAUUUGAGGAAAAAGUUGUUAGUCAACGUAAUCAGGCUAGUGAAGCGGAAAAACAACCCGACAACUUCGUCUGUGAAACUUGUAACAAACGUUUCAGCUCGGAAAAUGCUUUUAAAAAUCAUAUCCAAUCUAAGAAACACAAAGAUUUAGAGGUUCGAAGGUCUGAGAAUCCGAAUGAUCCAAUAUUUAACCGUCAAAGAUCUACAUCUACAUCGGAGAGUAAAUCGAAAGAUAUUGCUGAUGAAAACAUGAGCGAUGAUGACGAAGAAUGGAGUGAUUGUGACGAUGCUCUCAGUGCAAACGAAUGUCUAUUUUGCUCAAAGGUCUGUGAUGACAUGGAGAAAAAUAUGGAGCAUAUGACUGUAGUACAUAACUUUUUUAUACCUGAUAUCGACUAUGUAUCAGAUUUGGAGGGCCUUCUAAGUUACCUAGGAGCAAAAGUCGGGGAAGGUCGUAUGUGUUUAUGGUGCAGUGAACACGGCAAAUCUUUUCGUUCAUUGAGAGCUGUCCAGAACCACAUGACCGACAAACAACAUUGUAAAAUGCUUCAUGAAGGCGAUACACUUCUAGAAUACGAAGACUAUUAUGAUUAUUCUUCAUCAUAUCCUGAAAAUGGUGACAAUGAAGACCCAGAAGAAAUUGAUAUGAAUCUAUUAGAUACGGAAAAUGCCUUCGAAAUUACUUUACCGUCUGGAGCAGUCAUUGGUCAUAGAUCUCUUCUGAGAUACUACAAACAAAAUUUAAAGCCUGAAAGGCAGUUGGUUUUAGCAGGGCAGUCUAAAAUUAAAAACGUUAUCGCCCAAUAUAAGGCUUUGGGAUGGACAGGAACAACAGAAUUAGCCUUCUUUGCUCAAUGGUGGUCAGGUAGUGAUGUGACAUUGCAUUUCGAAAAUGAAGAAGACUGUUCAUCGAUAGGACAUGAGAAUACAUUGAUUCUAAUGAAUCACAAGUAUGACAUUGAUUGGUUAAUGACAUGGAUAAUAAGCGAACGAAUUGGCAUCCUACCCACGACAAAAGUUUUCGUAAAGAACUCACUGAAAUAUGUCCCAAUUUUUGGGUGGGCAUGGGUAUUUACAGAAUCAAUAUUUUUGAAAAGAUCAUGGGAAAAAGAUAGGAAAAUUAUUACAAGAGAUUUACAAUUUCUGCACGAAUAUCCUCCUGGAUAUAAUAUAACGUUGUUGAUGUUUUGCGAAGGAACCCGAUUUUCUGAAAAGAAACUAGAAGAAAGUAAUAAAUUUGCAGCGAAAAAUAACCUGCCUCAAUUGAAGCAUACUUUGCUUCCCAGAACAAAGGGAUUUGUUUUGACAAUGGAAGGCAUUAAAGAUAAAUUCGAUGCAGUUUGGGAUAUAACAAUAGGAUUUAGAAAAGACGGCGCAACGCCAACUGUUCAAUCAAUCUUUGAUGGAAAGCCUACUAAAGCUGAGCUAUAUUGCAGACGGAUACCAAUAAAAGAUAUUCCUACUGAUAGUGAUAAGGAAGCUUCUGAUUGGUUAUAUAAGACUUUUGCUAAGAAAGUAGGCUAUUUCGCUUUAUACUUUAUGAAAAAAGUUUCAACAACAGCCAAACGUUCCGAAUACGAAGAUUUUGCACCAUUUUCAAAUAAAUUAAAGAAGAGUAACUAA